CAGAGAGAGGCUGGGGCAGAGGCGGCCGGAGCGGCUGAGGGAGCGCGAGCGGCGCGGGGGGGCCCUGUCGGCGACAGCGGCGACAGCGACGACAGCAGCGGCGACAGCGACAGCGGCGGGUUCCAGCGCCUCGCGGCCCGGCGUUUCCCCGCUCCCCUCGGCGCCGGGUGGCCCCGGCCCGCGGCGGCGGCGCUGACAGCCCGCCCGGAGCCCCGGGGGCGGCCGCGGCCACCAUGUCGUCCCCCAGCCCGGGCAAGAGGCGGAUGGACACCGACGUGGUCAAGCUGAUUGAGAGCAAACACGAAGUCACAAUCUUAGGAGGACUCAACGAAUUUGUUGUGAAGUUUUAUGGACCACAAGGAACACCGUAUGAAGGUGGAGUAUGGAAAGUUAGAGUCGACCUUCCUGACAAAUACCCCUUCAAAUCCCCAUCUAUAGGAUUCAUGAAUAAAAUCUUCCAUCCCAACAUCGACGAAGCGUCAGGAACUGUAUGUCUAGAUGUAAUCAAUCAAACUUGGACAGCUCUCUACGAUCUCACCAAUAUAUUUGAGUCGUUCCUGCCCCAGCUGCUGGCUUAUCCCAAUCCCAUAGAUCCCCUAAACGGGGACGCUGCAGCCAUGUACCUCCACCGACCAGAAGAGUACAAACAGAAAAUUAAAGAAUACAUCCAGAAAUAUGCAACAGAAGAAGCACUAAAAGAACAGGAAGAGGGCACCGGGGACAGCUCAUCUGAGAGCUCCAUGUCUGACUUCUCUGAAGAUGAGGCUCAGGACAUGGAGUUGUAGUAGAGGAGGCCACCUGCUUUUCAGAGAGACUCUAAUUUCCUAACCAUGAGAAGCAGACUAUAAUAUUCAUAUUUAAACAAAGCAAUUUUUUUUAUUACUAAACAAGGUUUUUAUGAAUUCUAGCAUUGAGAUAUAUAUAUAUAUAUUUAUAUAUAUGUAUAUUUAUAUAUAAAUAUAUAUAUAUCUGUCA